GGUGCGGGGAACCGCGGCGCGCGGACUCGGACCCGGACCUACUCCGGCGCGGCAGCUCCAGGUGAGCAGGACAGGAGCCACGGGCCCGCCACCCACUUUCCCUAACUUUCUUUGGCUCCUCCCUCGGGAGAGGUACAGGGGCGGGAUCCUGGUCCUUCCUUUUCCCCAGGCCGGAGUAGGUACGCGGGCGGUGGCGGGACCCCGGAGUAUGGGGCUGUGAACAACUUCCCGCGCCUUGGGAUCAUCCGGCUGUGACUCUAGUUUCCGCCUCCAUGGGGUCCUCAGCGUCGUCCCAAGCCCACCAGUCUUGGGGUCUCUGAACAUGUCCACGAGUCUCUGAUUUGCAUGCUUUCGCCUCCUGGCAGGGACUGGCCCGGGCUCAGGAGUGACCUUUCAGGAGUUGGGGUUGGGGCGCCAGCUCUAGCUUGAGAAGAGGUGGUCACUGCUGUCUUGGACUGGGAAAAGGUUCCAUACCCAGGGAUAAGGGGGUAAUGGGCUUCGCCUGCUCCCUGGACGCGCCUGUGGCUAUGCCCAGAGGUGUGCCAUGCCCAGGGGUAGGGUCAGGAGCCCGGCGUCGGCCGAGAUGGAGCCCCCGCCUCUUGUGGCGGUGUGACCCCCGUCAGGCCGCAGUUUCCACCUAUGAAAACCAGUCUUUGGACGCGGUAGACGCUACGACUCUAUCUAGGCCUCGGACCUGGGGCAGUGCUGUCCGAGGCAGGAAUGGUGUCCUGUUUUGGGCUUCGGGGUGCGGCUGGGGCGUGGGCAGGGUGGCAAAUCCUCCUCCCUGAGGCUUGGCUAUGCCUUCAGGGCUGCAGCUGCUUAGAAAUCAGAGUGGGGGAGUAAGGACGCACUCCAGGACAGCGAGUCCUAACUCUCCUCUUUUGGGGCCUGGAUGGGGGCUGCGUGUCGUUCCGCGCCCUCCCUUCGGUGGGGCCCACAUCACCUAUAGCCCUGCUGCUCCUGUCCCGGCCGGGAUCUGGUCCUCAGGUCGCAGACCCAGCACAUCCUGUAGCUGGGAGGGGUUUAAGCUGUGCAGCCCGAACCCUGGGGCUCUGGGCGUUGCUGCUCUGGCUGGGACGCGGUCCACUGAGGCCUCGGGCGGAGGAGGCUGAAAAGGAGGCCAGGCGGCGGGAAAUGGGGAUGAUUCAUCCCAAGCAGCCCGAAUCGGAAACGCCGCAACCUAGGAAUAGCCUUGCCUGGGCCGACCGGAGAGCCGAGAGCAGAGUCUGUCCGGUGAGGCCCUGCGCCCAGCACUGGCAGCCCCCUGCCUCCUGCCAAGGUCCCAGCCUGGCUGCUGGGGGAGGGGGAGGCCUCUUCUGGAGGAGUUGAAAGAGAUCCUGGGCAAAGUCCGCCGCCGCCUCCUCUGACUGGCUGGUCUUGAUCAGAGCGGUCUUCCCGGAGUCUAUCUCAAGUCUCUCCUGCUACAGCUCCGGUGCUGACUGAGGAAGUCUGGAAGGAGGGGGCGGGCAAGGAGAGGCUGGAGUCGGUGACACCCCCUCCUUCCCACGCUGCGAGCGCCCGGACGACAGCGAGAUGACAGCCGGGAGCCCGGGAGACUGCGGGGAGAUGCGGAGGAGCCCCGAGGGCCGCGUCUCGCGCCUGGGCCGCCGCCUGGGCCGCCGCCGGCGCCCGCGCUCUCCGCCCGAGCCUCUGCGGGUGCGGGCGCGGCUGCGGCUGCGCUCACCGUCGGGGGCGUUCGCCGCCCUGGGGGCGCUCGUGGUGCUGGUGGGCAUGGGCAUCGCAGUGGCCGGCUACUGGCCGCACCGUGCCGGGGCCCCGGGGCCCCGGGCCGCCAAUGCCAGCUCACCCCCUGUUAGUGAGCUGCGACGCGAGGGUCGCGGCGCGGGCCGGGGUCAUGGCCCGCACGAGCGGCUACGGCUGCUUGGACCAGUGAUCAUGGGCGUCGGCUUGUUUGUAUUCAUCUGUGCCAACACUCUUCUCUAUGAGAACCGAGACUUGGAGACGCGACGACUCCGCCAGGGGGUGCUACGGGACCAGGCCCUCCGGCCCCCCGACGGCCCCAGCUGGGACUGCGCUCUCCUUCCCAGCCCUGGCCCAAGGACUCCCCUAGCCAUAGGCUGCGCGGAGCCAGAAAGUUGGGACCUGUCCCCGCGUCGGGGUACCUCACCCGUCCCCUCAGUGCGGAGUCUGCGUUCAGAGCCUGCUAAUCCUCGCCUCGGGUUACCUGCCCUCCUCAACAGUUACCCGCUGAAGGGUCCAGGGCUGGCCCCUCCCUGGGCUCCACGAACCCAGACUGGCCACGUGAUCAUCACAGUGCAGCCCUCUGGCUCCUGCAUUGAACAUUCCAAGUCUCUGGAUCUGGGCCUUGGGGAGCUCCUCCUUGGGACCCCAGCUGCUCGUGACUGUGCUCACAGAAGCUGGCCACGGCUGGACCGUCUCAGUCUGGGGGGGUAUGCCAAAUUGGGAGGAGAGAAUUUGGGGGCCCGGGUCUGAGGAGUAGGGGGACAACCCGCUAUGAGGCUGCAGCAUGGACCAUGAUAACAGGACCAGAGACCAUAGCUGCUUCAGGCACAUCUCAGGUUGGGAUGGACCUCCCACCACAGCAGCGGUUAAGGCAUCCUACCUGUGUGUGGUAGCUGCACUAAGGCUUGAUGAGCCAGCAGGAGUGGUUUAAAGUAGAGUGUGGAGACCAGCAUGCCUCGGCCUCAGGAAUUUCUUCAGCCUCCAUAUGUGGCCUUAGCCCUGGACAGGUACCUGAGGGGACUGGAGGUCCAGGCCAAAGGUGAUUGGGAGAUGCACCUGGUGUCUUAACAAACCCAAAGUGGUGGGCAAGGACCUCUAAGACUUGGAAGGUAGGUUGGGAUGUUGCAGGCUGGGACAGACAGGCCCUCUCCAGAGUAGGGCUAGAGCUUGGGCUUCUGGGAAGAUGGGCAAUGGGAGGGUGCUGAGACCCUCCACUGCCAUCUGGGAUGGGGACUGAACCUUUAGCUCAAACCCUUUCUUCAGCCAUGCAGGGUAUAUCCCACUAGGGCUAACUACUGCCAAUGUCUUCAUACUGAGGUCUGACCACUCCCCAGAGAGGUCUGAGAAGCCCUCCUCUUUUUAUUUCUUUUUUUUUUUUUUUUUUUUUUUUAUUGUGGCCUGUGCCGCAAUCUCCCUUCAGCCGGCAAAAAGCAUUUGCCAGUUGUCAGAAACCCCUUUGUACAACACUGAAGCUGCAUUUGGGCCAAUGUGGGGAGCUUACUUUAGAAAAUGUUUUCAGGUUAGGUCUCCCCAUCCAGCUUUAAUUUUCCCCAAGUUACUGAUAGAAGAGAAAUACAAAAGUAGAUCAAUCCUUAGAGUCAGUAGGCUUUUUUUUUUUUUUUGAAGUUUAUUGAAAAAUGCAAUACAAGAAGCAAGACCAAAUACAUAUCUAAACACUACAACCACUUCUCUUACUACAAAAGGCCAAAACAGCAGACCUAAUUAUUGCCUAUUUAAUCUAGAGAUUUUGCCAAUUUGAUUCUGCUGCCAUGGUUCCUAUUUUGUCAAGAAAUGUAAACAACUACUUGAUAUGAUUCAUAAUUUUUUAAAAAAAUUUACAAAGCUCCUUCAUUUUUGUCACCAAAAUAAUACAUUUGAGAGAGAUUUGUAAAAACAACCAGCCUGGGGCUGAGCUCUGGGCAGAGGUUUCCCAUGAGCAUCAAGGGGUGUUGGUCAAGCCAUAGCUCUGGCUCCAUUUCCCAAGGUAGAUGGUGGUCUCCUCACCCCUGGCUGCUCAAGGAUCCCCCAGAAUAUAGUGAUGGCCCCAGUGGGGGCGGGGAAUGAUGUCCCCUGCAGUUAGGCUUCCUGGGCCCUUGGUUGUGAGUGCAGACCUUGCUUUGUGGGUAGGUGGCAGAGCUCUCCUGUGGUUUGAAGGAAAUCUUUAGUUCUGAAGUAAAAAUAAAAUGGCAGUGAGAGUUGUUA